AUGGCAACCAAUGUAUUCAAAGAAGAUAUUUUGAAAGAACUUGAUGAAACCAUUAAAACAGAUUCAAAUUUUACAAUUAAUACUACUAUUAGUCAAUCAUUAGAAUAUCUUGAUGUCACUGUUGAAAAUAAUAAUGGACAUUUAAAAAUAUCUAUUUAUCAUAAAUCAGCUUCAGAAUCCUAUAUUCUACCUUAUGAAUCUGAUCAUCCAAGACACAUUCAUGCGAAUAUAAUUUAUGCUGCAUUAGCGCAAGCUGCACUUAACUGUUCCAAUGUGGAAGAUUUUGAUAUGGAACGAUUAAGUACGGAAAUGAUAUUACUAGUUAACGGUUAUCCACCAAAAUUUAUACAACAUCAUAUAAAAAAAUUCUUUGUUAAAUAUGAUUCUAUGAGUCCUCGACAAGAUAUGUUGACCAGGAUGCAACCAAACACAGAAGCAGCUCGUACAACAAUGAAAGAACGGUUUAAUCAUUAA